AGACGAUACCAUGAAUACGUCAAGGGUGAUAGUGCGGGCAUUGAGGGAUCGAUCGGCUCCUGGUGGUGGGUGCAUUUUCCUGGCGAUUUGUCUUCCCUUCAAUACAGCAUGUCGGCCCGGUGAACUCUGAGACUCUGUGUGAAUACCGCCGCGGACAAUCAAUCGUGAAGACCCAUCAUUCCAACUGUCAGGUUGCCAGCUUGAACGGAAAUCAUCUCGUUACCGGUCAUAUUUUGCCAUUUGAUCCAACAGAAAAGAGACACGGCCAUGAGCGGCCUUUUGAAUAAUAUCUUGCAGCACGUCCAGGACGACAUCGGACAGAAUGGCAGCUCAAAAUACUGGGCGGUUCUCGCGCUCGGUAUCACAGGUUGGGUCAUGUUUCGGAUAUUCAGCACAGGCGUUGUGAUCCAACCAUCGAGAGGGUCGAAUUUUCCACCGAUAGUUCAAUUGACACGGCAUGAACAAUUCAAAGACCCGAUCAAUUCGUAUUCCAGGGCAAUGCGAGAGCAUGGAGACAUCAUUGCCGUGAAGAAGAAGGAUAAGAUGGAAAUUGUCGUCUCGGAGAAAUAUGUUCAAAAGGUUCUUACGGAUGAGACAAACUUCAGCUUCGAGCAGGGCGUAGCGGACGCGAUGAACUUUGAGUUCCUCAUGGAGUUGACCGAAGGCAAGAUCUUCAAGAUCAUGGCCGACGUGACGGACCAACUGCUUUCGAAGCGAAUGGACACGAUUGUACAACAGGUCUCGAACGUAUUCUUCUCGCGAGCUUCGGAAUUGGCACAAUCUGCAGGCAAGGGCCCUGUCGAUAUUUUUGAACAUUGCCAGAGCACGGUCGCGGACGCAAUGGUGCUCCUGAUUCUUGGCAAGGGCUUCUUGACUCGCGCGAAUGGUGACGCGGUUAAACUCGCGGCCAACGAUGUAGCCGAGCUGGGAGGUAUUUAUCAAAACCGAUCGUACUUUGCCCGAACUUUUCCGUGGCUUUGGCGUCCUAUAACCUGGUUCAAGGUCGUCGUUCUUCGAUUCAUGUUCGGUCUCAUGAUCACUCUUGGACGCCCCAUCUGGGCUGAAAUGACACGUUUGGUGGAGUCCCCUGCAACCUAUGAUGCAACAGUCGACGAAGACGUGACAUUACUCGCCCUGCUUGUGCGGAAAUUCGCCUCGGAAGAUCGGAAGCUGUCGCUGGGAGACCGUGGCAAGAUCUACCUUGUGCUCAUCAGCACGAUGUUUGCCUCAGUCCAUCAAGUUGCAAGCACAAUGGUGUGGGUGUUCCUCGAAUUGGCCCUCCGACCAGAGUACCAAGAGGAGAUUUACGAAGAGAUCAAACGACAGAUGCCCAACGGGCCGGAACAACUCACUCACGAGGCCCUGAAACAAUCUGCCCGCGUAGACUCCUUCAUUCGUGAGACCAUGCGGACCAAGGGUGAUACGUUCAGCACCGUACGCAUGGCCAUCAACAACGUCCAGCUUGGUCAAUACAUCAUUCCCAAAGGCUAUACAGUCCACCCGAACGCUUACCUCGCCCACAACGCACCUUCGGAAGCUGGCGAAAACCCGACCGAUUUCGAUGGCCGCCGCUGGCUGGGAAAGAACAAACCUGCGGCCAUGAGCGGCCCUGGUAAUCUCGCAUGGGGUAUGGGCAGAUGGGCCUGCCUGGGAAGAUACUUUGCGGUUGCCGAGAUCAAAAUGAUGGUUUUCUCGCUGCUGUCGACGAUGCGCGUGGAAAUUGUAGACAACAAGUACGAGAUUGCGGAUCUUUUGAUGAUUGCGAGUGCGCCGCCGAUCGCCUCAUUUAAAUUGAGGACUUUGUAGCAACGUCGGUUCGUGUGCUUGCCGAUCGCGGAACUCAAGCGAUUGAAAUGAGAUGAUCUCGGGAAUGACGGAAGAGGCGAGCUCGAAGGGUCACUCAAGCCAACUUGGAUCAGUGGUGAUAUUGCUAUCGCACUUGGCUCGUUCGCUGCGCUUAUUGCAUCCUCUAAUGUAGUCAUUACAUUAUGAGAUUGGUGUAUGAGGUACUAGAACUACUGGAUUUUACGAUGUAAAAGAACGUGUUGAAUGAGCUAUAUUCCUACCUA